GUUCCCGCGCCCGCCGCGCGCCCAGCCGGGCCCUGGGGUGUCCCCGCGGCCGCGACCCCCCGCAUGGUGCUGCUGGCCGGGCCCGGGCCCGAGGGCGGCGGGGCGCGCUGCGUGUCCCCGCCGCCGCCGUCGCCGCCCCGGGACGCGCAGGCCGGGGAGGACCCCGAGGACUCGGAGGAGUACGAGGACUUCUCGCGCCUGCCCGACACCCGCAGCCUCGCCUCCGACGACUCCUUCUACCCUCCCGGCGCCCACGAGGAGCUGGGCGCGCCAGGCGCGCCGGAGCCCGUCCCGGAGGGCGUCCCGGAGGCGGCGACCCUUCUGCGCGCGGCCGGCGCCAACGACGUGGGGCUGCUGCGGGCGCUGAUCCGGCGGGGCCCGCGCGAGGAGGAGGUGCGGGAGACGGACCGCAACGGCCGGACCGGCCUCAUCGUCGCCUGCUCACACGGCUUCGUGGACGCGGUGGUGGCCCUGGCAGAGUGCCCCCACGUCGAUGUGAACUGGCAGGACAGCGAGGGCAACACGGCGCUCAUCACGGCGGCGCAGGCUGGGCAUGCCACCGUCACCAGCUACCUGCUCAACUACUUCCCUGGCCUCGACCUGGAGCGCAGGAAUGUGUUGGGUUUCUCGGCCCUGAUGAAGGCCGCCAUGCACGGGCGCACCGAGUGUGUGCGCGCACUCAUGCUGGCAGGGGCAGAUGUGCAUGCGAGGGACCCCCGGCGCGGGAUGUCGCCCCCGGAGUGGGCUGCCUACACGGGGCGCCUGGAGGCGGUGCGGCUCAUCCAGAGGCUGCUGGAGCGGCCGUGCCCGGAGCAGUUUGGGGACAAGUACCGGCCGGAGCUGCCCCAGGCCCUGCCCGGGUCCGCCAAGCCCGCCGCCAGCUCCAAGAACUGCUUGCAGAAGUUCACGCGCUUCCUGCAAAGCGCGCUCGGCCCCCGCGUCCGCGACCCGCAGGAUGGCGGGGUCCUGGACCACAUGGUCAGGAUGACCACCGGCCACUCCAGCCCCGCGGUGGCCGUGGCCUGCCAGACCGUGUGUCCCGAGAGCCCGCCGUGCGUGGGGAAGAGACGCCUGGCGGUGCAGGAGAUCCUACAGGCGCGGGCGCGCAGGGAUGCGCAGGAGGAACCGGGCCAGGGGCGGGGCGCGGAGCCGCCGCCGCCGCCGCGGCCGGCACAGACUUUGGAGGUCUGCAGGGAGGGGAGCCCCCCGCGGCCGCCCGGCGCCCCACGGAAGGCCAGCCUGCUGGCUCUGCACCGGCUGCGGAGGGGCAGCGUGCGGCCCGGUGUGGUCAUUCCCCGCGUGCGCGUGAGCAAGGCGCCCGCGCCCACCUUCCAGCCCGAGCGGCCGCCCUCCAAGGGCAGCACCAAGGACAGCGCCCACCUGCAGCUGCCCAAGUGGCGCUACAAGGAGGCCAAGGAGGAGAAGAGGAAGGCCGAGGAGGCCGAGAGGCAGCGGGCUGCCCAGGCGCAGAAGGAGAGGCGGGCGACGCCCUGGAGGAAAAGGACGUGAGGGGCGGGGGCGAGGGCCCCGCGGACGAGC